AUGGGAACAGCAGAGGGAUCCAGAGGGAUCCAGGCCAUGGUGAAGGCUCCCCCACAGCUCUAUGUCCUGAGUCUCCAAGCUGGGGCUGGGCUCCCCCAGGCCUCUCUUAAGAGCAGCCCAGGCCCUGCAGGGAGGAGGAGCCCCUCAUAUGCAGAGUAGUGUAUGAAGUGCCCAGAAGACGAAUAUCCAAAUAAGUGUAGAGAUGGCUGCACUCCCAAGGACAUGAGCUUCCUAACCAUGAAAGAACCUCUGGGGAUGACUUUGGUCUCUGUGGCUGUUUCCUUUUCCUUGCUGACAGUUCUAGUUCUGUGGGUCUUUGUGAAGUACCAAGACACUCCCAUUGUCAAAGCCAAUAACCGGCCCCUUAGCUAUUCCCUCCUCAUCUCCCUUACCUGCUGUUUCCUCUGCUCCUUGCUCUUCAUAGGCCAUCCUACCACUGUCACCUGUCUCCUCCAACAAACAGUAUUUGCAGUUGUGUUCACAGUGGCAGUUUCCUCCAUUUUGGCCAAAACCAUCAUUGUGGUUCUGGCUUUCAGGGUCACAAGGCCAGGAGAUAGGAUCUGGAAGCUGAUAUAUCCUCGAGUGUCCAACUAUGUUGUCCUCAUCUGCUCAGGGAUCCAAGUGAUGUUCUGUGCCAUCUGGCUGGGAACCUAUCCCCCCUUUCCAGAGGCAGACACACACUCAGAAUCUGGCCACAUCAUCCUGAGGUGUAACGAGGGCUCUGUCUUUGCCUUUUACUGUGUCCUGGGCUACAUGGGCAUUCUGGCCCUGGCAAGCUUUACUGUAGCUUUCCUGGCCAGGAACCUGCCUGAUUCCUUCAAUGAAGCCAAGUUCAUCACUUUCAGCAUGCUGGUGUUUUGCAGUGUCUGGGCCUCUUUUCUGCCCACAUACCAGAGCACCAAAGGGAAGGCCAUGGUGGUGGUGGAGGUCUUCUCCAUCUUGGCCUCCAGUGCUGGCCUGCUGGGCUGCAUUUUUGUUCCCAAAUGUUAUGUGAUCCUCCUGAAGCCUGACAGAAACACCCAGGAAGAGAUCAAGAAUAAAUGGGAUUCGGGGCAGCUAGGAGAUGAGCAGUGUGCUCCUUAG